CCAACAUGAAACUCGGCGCGAUUGACGUCACCGAGCCAUCUUUGUCCACCUAAUCCAGGCGGCUGUUUAUUACACCGUCAUUACCGCACGGACCCUGACAGCGCCAGGCACUGGUAAUAGCCUGCAGGUGCCGCACAUCGCCGUUUAGAAAUAGAACGAGAAGACGAGAAGUGGAGCGUUUUUUUUAAAAAAUUAUUAUUAUUAUUUUUACGUUGUGGUAGCGAAUAAGUGAGGAGGAGACGCGUCUCAGCGAGCAGGUACGAGCCAGUGUUCCCACUCCAGGAGCUAUAUAGGCAGGGACACGCCACAAGAACCAAAAGCGAAGGCUGCCAGAGGGGAGAGAAGAGAGGCACAUCCACAUCCAUCCGCCAGCCACUGAACGCGCCUCACACGCUCCCAGCCGCGGAUUUCAGCACAGCCGCCCAGCCAACACAACCAGGAAACAUGUCUGCCCCAGCCGCUGGAGCCCCUGCAGAUGGAGCGACUCAGCCUCCCAACCUCACCAGCAACCGCCGUCUGCAGCAGACGCAGGCGCAGGUGGACGAGGUGGUGGAUAUCAUGCGUGUAAAUGUGGAUAAGGUUCUGGAGCGUGAUCAGAAGCUGUCAGAACUGGACGACAGGGCUGACGCCCUGCAGGCUGGAGCCUCUCAGUUCGAGACCAGCGCUGCAAAACUGAAGAAUAAAUACUGGUGGAAGAAUGCCAAGAUGAUGAUUAUCCUGGGUGUGAUAUGCGUGAUUGUCCUCAUCGUCAUUAUUGUGUACUUCAGCACCUAAGAAGAGUCGCUCCUACCCCAGUCUGAUCGCAACUUCCUUGCUACAGAAAAGAAAAAACAAACAAACCCUCAAAUUGAUUCCAAAAUUAACCAUGAGAAAAAAAUAGUUUAUUAUAUCUGUCUUACCCCUGGUUAGCCUCGAUAUAACACCCACUAAACCCCUUUUCAGGGCCCCAUGGCUCCCCCACUUCCACCACCUCGCCUCUGGACCCCCCUGUCAAUAUUUGUCCUGUGAGUGUGUGGCCCCCCUCGUCCCCCCACCGUCUCCUUUCUGGGUCCUCUUGGCUUUUCUAACUUGCCAUACUGAGAACCAAAACACUUGUGACGAUGCAACAACAGAAAAGGAAACAACGAUUUGGCGAUUUAAUUGUUACAUAACUGAUAUAUAUAUAUAUAGUUCUUUGUAGAGUUUUAUUCUGAUAUAUACUGUUUUGUAGGUGUGUGUGCGUGUGCGUGUGUGUGCAUUUUGUAUUUUUUAAGUUUUUGUAUUAAUUUUACGUAUGCUUCAGCGUUAAAUACUGCCUAUUAAUCAAAGUGUGUAUCUUUGCAUGUUAUCAUCAUCCGUCCGUCCCCCUCCUCUUCCUCCUGCUGACUCUCUCUUUUUUGGUGUAUCUCUGCACAGUGGAGUCCGUCUCCAUUCAACUACUUCUCUCGAGUCCAUCUGUGUCGCUCGUGUCCGCCAAGACGAUCCCAAAAUGAGCCCGAAAGAGACCGAAAAACUUCAGUCGUUGAGUUGCAGGAAUCUGAGCUCAAACUGCCCUUGAAAAUUACUCUCACGUCAGCUCCGGAUUUCUAGAACUCGAUGCCGUGAAGUUUGAGACUCUUUGCUCGGUUUUAUUCUGAGAGAAUUCAUGCUCACUGAUCUUGAUCAAAACACACAAAACAAUGCAUGAAUUGUCAAACUAAUCCCCUGGUCCUCUCCAUCUGAGUGUCAUUCCUCUUCCUUCAUCUCACCUCCCAACCCCCCCGUCAACACCUUCCAUCUGUGACCUCCGUCUCUCAGCAUGCUCGAUCACCUCGACUUUCUUCUUCUGAUGAUUUCUUCGAAACUGCCAUAGUCGGACCAAUGUCUGUAGAUGUUUAUUUUUCUUUUUUUAUUUCAAUAUUACGUAGUGUCUUAUUUCGAAAACAUUCCUUCAUUGCAGUCUAGUGCAAAUGGUCUUACCGUAGCACAUGUAAGUGUAAGUAUCUUUAAAAAUAAUAAUACUACAACAACACACGCGAUGAAACUUGUGUCGAAAAUCGUCGGUCAUACAAACCAUAGGAGAAAAAAAAAAUAGUUCUAGCUAAUAGCUGUAAGGGUAAGAUUUGGAUGGACAGGAUUAGACCGUCAAUCUGUCCAGAAGAUUUUCUUUUAUAUAUACAAAAAACUAUGUUAUCCUGACAUUACACUUACACUAUACUAUGGAGAUGUCAUUAAUGUCAAACUGUGGACACGGGCUUACAAAAAAGAUUUCUAAUUCCAGGCGAUGAGAUAGGGCCGAUGCAAAACAAUUGACGAGUUCACACUGAAAAGCCUUAGUCUUCAGUCACUGUCGAAGAUCUGCAGUCAAACGCAUCCUCGCGCUGUAAACAUUUAGCGUCGAGGGAGCGGCUGACUGCCAAGAAAAUAAAAAAAAAAAAGAGAGAAAUCUGUUUAAAAUGCACAAACAAACCUUGUUUUUGAUGGCGCUGUCUGGCUGGUCAGUAGCCUGGCCCGAAGGAGAUCCUCGUGCAGCAAAACCUCUCCUCAUGAAGAGCACAUUUAAGAGACAACAAAAACUAAAAAGCCUUAUUUUGCAAAAUCCAGGACCAGAGACGACGAGGCUAAAUGAAAUGAAGACGAAAAAAAACAAAAAAAAAACAGAGAAGUCAAAUUCACAGUUGAGUUUUUAGUUCAGGGGGAAGGCUCGGAGAUACACAGUCAGAAGGUUUAGCGACGAGAGACGCCAGAAGCAAUUAUUCUAAAAAAAAUAAUAAAAAGACCGGAAGCAGAGUGUUUUGCUCGCGCAGUGGUUCUGUCUCUUAGUGUUUCUCCCUAAUAGUUAAGGCCUUUUUUUUUCUUUUUUAAGAAUAAUAGAUUAUAUUUUUUAUUAUAGUAUAUUUUUGUGUGAAACAGACAGGUGAAGAGGAAGUGUGCAAUCAGUGCUGUUUGCCGCCGACAGUCGGCGAAAAGCUCCUCUUUACCUCCGUCUGGUGUGUUUUUUGUAAUUCAGCUCCGUGCGUUAUACACUGCCAAGCAUCAAGGGAGAGGCUUCUAUUGUUCUUUCUUUCAUUGGUGCCCUCGCUGGUUCGGUCUUAAAAAACUGUUCCUUUUACCUUUGUUUUUUUCGGUGCGUGCUAAAACUUUUUUGGCUACUUCGGCGAGCAGGGGGCAAAUGUGAUGCACUUGUUUUCUAACACCCUGUCAGACUGAGGCCUUGCACACGCGAGAUGACGUGAGACGACGUAAACUCCGAAAUUCCCUUCAAAAACUGCCGACGGCGUCUUUUGGAGGGGGGAGUUUUAUCUCCAACUUAACUCGCGGUCGUGGUAAAUCGAAGCUCUGAAAUCAGGCAGUUGAACAUUUUCAAGGUUUAACAGGUCGCAGCUCGGCUCGCGCUGCCAACUAAUGCUGUAAUUAACAAUCCUGAAGUGUGUAAAAUUGAGUCAUCGGGAAAAAAAACCUGUGCGUCCAGACGAGUGUGCAAAGCCUUAGCAGCCUUGUCUCUUUUCAACAACUUUUUAACUUUCCCACCAGCUGAGAAGACCAACCUGCCCCCCCUUUCGCUCAACUCACUGAUUCUGAAUCCUACCGUGUGCAUGUGUGUGAGUGUGUGUGUGCAGUGUGUGUGUGUGUGAGAGUGUUAGAAUAGCUCUGUCUUGGGAAUAUCCCCAGUUUAUCCCGACAGAUUAGGCCGCUUAAAUCUCAGAGUGAGGGCACGUCGUUUCCUUGAACCACUGAAGUACACAAGCGAGCGAGGCUGCAGAUCUGUCGGCUGAGUUCUACUUAGGAAAAAAGGAGCCCGACCUUAGCGAGAACCUCGGCUCCGUUCCCCUUACAGGUGUCCCCCCCCCCUCCAAAACAGAGCAAAAGUAAACUGCAGAAGACUACCAAAGACCAGAUUUUUUUCCAUGCUUAUGCUGCCAAUUGCCAUCAAAAACAAGUGGAGAGGAAAAAAAAAAAACAGGUUGUCCAAACGAAUCCGGGUCUGUUUAACUGAAUUACCCUCUAUUGAUCCACCAGUACCGGACCUUUUGGGGUUUUUUUUGUUGUUGGUUUUUUUUAAAGUGUCAGUUUGGCUUGUGAGUGUGCCAUUCUAACAUAUGCAAAAAAAUAAUUAAAAAACCAAAACAUAAAAAAGGACCGCAUGCUUCAAAUCUCAAAUACAGACUGCCCCCUCCCCCCUCGCCCUCGCCCAGGUCUGAAGAGCUUCUCUAAAAUCAGUAACAAGUUUUUUUAGACACACGAUCCUGUAACUGAUAAUAGCACAACUCUUCUUUUUUUUUUUGUUUCUUUCUCGUGUCUCCAUUAGUGCUGCCAAGUUUUGAAAAAUGAAAUAAGUCAUAAAAUAGCUGUUAGACAUAAACCGAGAAAAAAAGUUAUAUAUAUUAAAAAAAAAAAAAAAAAAAAAUCUGCAUUGUUUGGUGUUGUAAUAUGGGGGUGUUUUGGGGAGUAGGGGGUCCUAUAUCCUCAGGUUUAAGGUAUUAGCAAUUUACCAAAAUAUAUAUAUCUAUAUGAGGACAAAAAAAACUAUAUUAUAAAACUGUAAAAUUGGGUUUUUGGCAAUAGGACAAAAAAAACAAAAACACGAUAGGGUUCCAAAUGUUGUUCCUUAUUCUCAGCCAUCCUCUGCAGGAGUUUAACCACACAGUGGACCGUAACACUACUGAUUGGGGUAGGACUUCUGUGUUAUCCAUGGGAAAAAAAAAAAUUAAAAAAUACAAAAAAAAAAAAUAAUCCAGCUGUCGUGAGUGCUCAACCAAUCUGAACACAAAAGGUGAAACUGACGCGAGUGAUCUCUCUUUUACUUUCCUGGUUGCUUUACUGUCUGUGUGAAAAAGAAAGUGCGCGUACGUUUUUAACACCGUGGCACUUUUUUCUCUGUCGUGGGUUUUUCGUUCAUUUUUAAUUUUAUUUUUUUCCUCCCAGCGGGAUGGGAAACAUGACUCAGCGGGGGAAUAUUGUCUUAAUGUGUCAACCUUGAGAACUGUUCAGCGAUCUCAACUUAACGCUGCGUUCAGGGGUCAUUUGGGAGGGUCGGACACGGCCAAUGCGGUGUCUAAAAGCCCACCCCUUCCUUCCAGAUUUGAAGGAUAACUCGUGAACUUGUGAUUCAAACUUGGAAGGAAACAAAAAGAGAAGAUCCGAUUCUUCAUCAGAGUGUGAAAUAUGUACAGAGCGAGGAGCUGUCACCCCCCCAGAUGGCUUGAAUGCAGCGAUAGGAGGGAACCUGAGUCUCUGAAUGUUCAGUGGAUGGCUAUGAACAUACAAUAUUCUGCUUCUUAUAUGUCAACAUGUUUUUAUUUUUUUUAACCAAAUGUGGUGGGGUUUUUUUUUCUUCUUUUGCAUCGAUUUUAGUAACUCCAGAUGUCACUGAAAUUGUUUGUGUGCAAGCACUGAUGGGUAAAAGGUAAAAGAAAAUGAGGGGGGAAGAAAAAAAGAAAAUGAAAGUAUUUUUACCUUCAAAUCGUCCAGAAUGCUUAGAAUGAUUCUACAGUUUACAUCAGAUUGCCGUUUCUAUCUUACGAGAUAUAUUUUUUGUUUCAAAUCUGUUUUAUUUUUGAGGAAAAGAUUUUGAUUUCUCUUCGGGAUUGUGUUUUUUUUUUCUUUUUUCUCUGGGAUGAAGGCCAAUAUCGCCCCGGGUCGUCCGGCCUUACUGGAGGGACAGGACUGGAGGAUCACGGGCGAUGUGCUCGGUUUUAAUUUAACCUUUUAUUUAUUUAUUUUUUUUCCUUUUCCUUCUGCUUUUUAUUUAUUGAUAGAUUUAUUGUGCUGUCAUUUGGUAUGGGAUUAGAAAAAACUAAGCAAAAGUUGACUCAACGUGAAAAGGAGAGGAGACUGAAUGAAAAACUAAAAAGUACAUAAAAUAAUUGUAGUGUAAAUCUAUCAAUGUCUUAUUAUAUUGAUGAACAUCAUGAAAUAUAUGUAUAUUGGAAAAAACAGUACCUAUGACAACUUGUACUUUUGUGUGUGCUUCAUGUGCUUUGUGGGUGUGCAACAAUGGGCAGAUGCAAUUUUGACUGCAAUUCUGGGACCUUAUCUGACCUGUAUGAAUAAGCAUAAAUUUAUUAUCAAUACUGAAA